GUGUAAACAGUUUUGAUCAGUAUUUAAAUGCUCUGUCCGCCCACAAUGCGUCCGGCCAGUCCUGCCGAAUCCGAGAUCUCCGUCGGCGGUGCGCCCAGCCCAUUGCCUACCCAGCACCAUCAUCAUCAGCAGCAGCAGCAUCAGCUGCAUCAUCCACGCGAUCUGCUGCAGCAACAGCAAUUGCUAAUGCAACAACAUGCCGCUGCUGCCGCCGCCGCCGCAGCCGCCGCUGCUGCUGGACUGACGCGGAAUGCCGUCGGCACAUUGCCGGAGGAUUACUUCCAGCCGCUGAAGCGCUUGCGCAUGUCCUCCAGCUCAUCGGAGACGCGUGAGCAAACGCCCAGUCCGCCUGCACCGCCCACAUCGAAUGCCACUGUCGCCGCCACAGCCACGGCCACCACAAAGUCCGCCAUUGAGGGCGUAAAGAGCUUCUCCAUUGCGGACAUACUUGGACAUUCGGAGAAGCAGCAACAGCAGCAGCAACGCUCCGGCUCCACAUCCCCACCGCCGGCUGCCACGUUGCUGGCUCCACCGGCCGCUCGUCCUGUUACCGGUCUGCUGCAGCCACGUACCGAACCACUGGACAUGCAUCCAGCCGCAGCUGCUGCGAUGCUGCUGCCCGGUGCACAGAUCGUUCGUCCAUGGGAUCAUCUGCUUGGCCCCAUGCCCGUUCGCCCGUUCAUACCCUCAGCUCUGCUGCACUACGAGCAGCGUCUGGCCCUCGACUAUCAUCGCCAGCUGCAGGAGCACUUCAAUGCCCAGGCCCAGCUGCUGCGGCACAUGAGCAUGGACAUCAUACCCUCGGAAAGUGGUUCGGAUCGUUCCAGCUCCGCUGCCAGCGAUUGCUGCUCGCCGGAAAUAGCGCGAGACUCGGCUGCUGCGGCUGCCGCUGCUGCUGCUGCCGGCGCUGCACUGCGUCGCAGCCAUAGUCCCCAGUCCUCGGCCAAGGCCAAUGGCACGCCGCUCGAUGCGCUCUUCCAGAUGACCACCAAGGACUUUGAUGAGUCACAAGAUAAAUCGCACUUGGACAUAUUCUCGAACCGGCCGCAGCCAAAGAAGAAGCGCAAAUCGCGCACCGCCUUCACCAACCAUCAGAUCUUUGAGCUGGAGAAGCGCUUCCUCUACCAGAAAUAUCUGUCGCCCGCGGAUCGCGAUGAGAUCGCCGCCUCGCUGGGCCUGUCCAAUGCCCAGGUGAUCACCUGGUUCCAGAACCGUCGCGCUAAGCAGAAGCGCGACAUCGAGGAGCUGAAGAAGGACUUCGACAGCGUCAAAGUCUUCUCCGCCCACAAGUCGUUCCUCGAGAACGUCAACGAUCUGAGCAUCCUGAAGAAGAAGCCCAUGCACGAGGCGGAUAUGGUGGGUCUGGCCGCUGCAGCUGCUGCUGCUGGCAUGGUGGUGCCAGUGCCCGUCUCGGCUGCCCAGGCCAUGGCCACGCCUCCCAAAUGAGGGGGCGCCAGCAGCGGCGGCGGCAGCGUCGCAUUUGCAACCCGAUGAACGGUACAAAGAAGCGAGCAAAGUAUUGAG